GGUGGAUGCCUGUUUGGUGUUUUCUGAUUGGGAGACUGGAAGUCAGUCAGGUGAUACAGACUGUCACUGGUGCUCAGCCUAAUACUCUGGAGUAGAGACAGCCCUAGAUAAACGACAAGAAUGCCAAGGUACACAGUACAUGUCCGAGGGGAAUGGCUCGCUGUGCCUUGCCAAAAUGGUACAAACACUGUGAGGUGGCUGGGCAGGGAAGCUGUGAGGCGUUAUAUGAAAAACAAGCCUGAUAAUGGUGGGUUUGCGUCUGUGGAAGAAGUGGAAUUCUAUGUCCGCCGUUGCAAAGGACUUGGGCUGCUGGAUCAUGAUGAUAAAUUGGAGGUUGCUCUAGAAGACAAUGAAUUUGUAGAAGUUGUAAUACAAGGAGAUGUAAGUUCUCCAGACUUCAUUCCGUCACAGCCAGAAGGAGUUUAUUUAUAUAGUAAAUAUCGAGAACCAGAAGAGUAUAUUUCUUUAGAUGGGAACAGUCUGACCACAGAGAAGUUGGUCAAUUUAGGAAAGGGUCUCUACAAGAUCAAACUUACUCCUGAAGCUGAAAUUAAAGUCAGAGAGUCAAGUGAUGUUAUUAAAAGUAUUGUAGAAGAUGCAAAAGAUCCUGUCUAUGGAAUUACUACAGGCUUUGGAAAGUUUGCACGGAUCCGUAUUUCAAAGUGUAAACUACAGGAGCUUCAAGUGAAUUUAAUUCGGUCACAUUCUGCAGGUGUUGGGAAGCCUUUGAUCCCUGAGAGAUCUCGUAUGCUUUUGGCUUUACGGAUCAAUGUCCUAGCAAAAGGAUACAGCGGGAUUUCACUAGAAACACUUCAGCAAACGAUUGAUGCAUUUAAUGCAUCCUGCCUUCCCUUCAUCCCUGAGCAAGGGACCGUUGGAGCCAGUGGAGACUUAGCCCCUCUUGCCCAUCUUGCGCUGGGACUAAUAGGGGAAGGAAAGAUGUGGUCCCCAAAGAGUGGAUGGGCUGAUGCAAAAUACGUGUUGGAAGCCCAUGGACUGAAACCAAUUAACUUGAAGCCAAAGGAGGGUCUUGCUCUUAUCAACGGGACACAAAUGAUUACCUCACUAGGCUGUGAAGCAGUUGAAAGGGCCACUGCAAUUGCCAGACAAGCGGACAUAGUGGCUGCUCUCACACUUGAAGUUCUGAAGGGCACGACAAGAGCAUUUGACACUGAUAUUCAUGCAUUGCGACCACAUCCUGGGCAGAAUGAGGUGGCUUUUCGAUUCAGGUCACUUUUAAACUCAGACCAUCAUCCCUCUGGAAUAGCAGAAUCUCAUCGAUUUUGUGAAAGAGUGCAAGAUGCAUAUACAUUACGUUGCUGCCCUCAGGUUCAUGGUGUUGUGAAUGACACAAUAGCUUUCGUAAAGGAAAUAAUCCAAACAGAAAUCAACAGUGCAACAGACAAUCCUAUGGUUUUUGCUGAAAGGAAGGAGACAAUUUCUGGAGGAAAUUUCCAUGGUGAAUACCCUGCAAAGGCUCUGGACUAUCUUGCAAUUGGUGUCCAUGAACUUGCUGCAAUUAGUGAGAGGAGAAUUGAACGGCUGUGCAACCCAUCCCUCAGUGAGCUGCCACCAUUUUUGGUCACAGAGGGAGGUCUGAACUCGGGAUUCAUGAUUGCACACUGUACGGCAGCAUCCCUGGUUUCUGAGAACAAAGCCUUGUGCCACCCCUCUUCUGUGGAUUCUCUUUCAACCAGUGCUGCCACAGAGGACCACGUGUCCAUGGGAGGAUGGGCUGCAAGAAAAGCACUAAAAGUCAUCGAGAAUGUUGAACAAGUGUUGGCCGUAGAACUCCUUGCAGCUUGUCAGGGCAUUGAGUUUCUACGCCCUCUGAAAACUACAACCCCAUUGGAGAAAGUCUAUGACCUUGUGCGCUCUGUUGUCAAGCCAUGGUUAAGAGAUCGCUUCAUGGCCCCAGACAUUGCAGCAGCUCACGGACUGCUUGUGGACCAGAAGGUUUGGGAAGUAGCUGCACCGUACAUUGAAAAAUACAGAAUUGAGCACCCUCCGGAGCAGAGACCAGUAUCCCCCACUGCUUUUUCCUUAGCACGUGAUGACGCCUCACGGAAUCGUCAUCCACACCACCACCAUCAUAGUGAAUCAGAAUGA